UCACCUGCUGGACGAGACUGGGGAGAGGGCGAAGGAAGACAUGGAGGAGCGGCGGGGCAGGACGGGGGCCUGGAGCACCGCACUGCUGCUACUGCUCCCGGGUUUUAUCGGCGUGGGCUGUAUCGACAUCCGAAUGGACUCCGAAGUAUACGGGGUUGAAGGAGAAUCGGCUAAAUUAUGGUGCGGCUUCUCCUCGAGGGACUCGACGUCUGAAUUGGUAACAGUGGACUGGAGCUAUCGUCCUCAAGCAGGAGGUCCCAUGGUCACUAUCAUGCACUACCAAUCAAAACCGUACCCCACAUCAGUUGGACCCUUCAAGGAUCGUCUAAAAUGGGAAGGGAACAUUGAACGGGGAGAUGCUUCCAUUUUGUUGGAGGAUCUAAAACUCACAGAUAACGGCACCUUCACAUGUACGGUCAGAAAUCCACCAGAUGUCCACGGGAACUUACCACAGAUGAAACUGACAGUAACCUUGGAAAGUGUCACCUUUAAGUUCACCACAGUCAUAUUGCUGUCCUGUUUGGUGUUCAUCCCCUCUGCUUUGGUCUCCAUAAUACUGCUGAUAAGGAUGAAAAGAGCGAUCAAGAGAGACCGGAUGAGGAGCCAGAAAGUGAAGAAGUCUCCUAUUGAAGAAUCCCAAGAUUGUGUAUAUAAUGACAAUGAGAGAGCUCCGCUCCAUCGUAGUUCAUCUGUGGAGAAGCCCCCCGGCUGUCUGGUGAGGCUCUGUCUGAGUUGUAUGCGUUGUAUAGAUGACGAUGACGACGACGACGACAACACAGCAGACAAGAAGAGUCUUGUGUGAAUGGACACCUAUGGAUGCCACAUGAAGAUGACAUCCAAGCUUGAGUCAUGUGAAGGAGGUUACGAAUUAUACAGGAUUCUGUGGACUUUGUAUUAUCCUGAAUUUUAAGUGUCUUUUAGUACGACUGCACAGUAUGGAUUAUAUUUAAUGUGUGUGAAUUUUAACAUGUAAUUUACCUGGAAGAUAACUUUCCAAAGUAUUGGUGUAACAUAAAGUUACCAGUUUGCUAGUAACACCCAGACAUUGUUCUAUACCAGAAGUAUUCUUUUACAUUUUGUAGCUUGAUGCUGUAAUGUAGUGGGUGUCCAGGAUUCUACAAGUGAGGGCCUAUAAUAAGGUAAAGCCAUCACUAUCUGAUCAGUGUGGGGGGGGGGAGGGAUCGGGGGAUCGGGAUCUGACACCGCCACCGAUCUGCUGUUCUGCACUAGCUCCAUCACCGGAACGUCACAGCUCCAUCCAUUGUGUAGUGGACAGAGCUGGUUACUGCAGCUUGCAUUGAAGAGAAUAGGAGCACAGAACCAGCUCCAUCCAAUACACCAUGUGUAGAUCCAGCACUGACUCCCCGCAGCGGAGCUGGUGCAGGACAGCUGAUUGGCCGUGCUGUGGAGUGCCGAUCUGAGGAUACGCCAUCAUUUGUAAAACCCUGGACAACCCCUUUAAAGGGAAUGUGAUCAUGGUUCUUCCAGUUAAAACCAGAUAGUGAUAUAUUCUAUUUUUCUAAUCUGUUUUUAUUUUCGGAUUGUAGAUUAUUAUUUUUUUUUAUACUAUUUUUUAUAAACAUGAUUAUGGUGGGAGAUGGGGACAUCUUGCCUGAGCUACUGUUAACAGCAUUCAGGGAUUUGCUAUGCAGCUGCCACAUGGACCAUAGACACAGUAGUCUGGAGGGGAUUCAUUAAUAUCGAAGGGAGAGUUUCUUAAAGUGUAACUGCCAUUCUAUUUUUAUUUGUGUAAUGUAUAGGGGCACUGAUACUGACCAUUUUUGUAAUAUACUUUA